CCCACAAGGGUUCAUGCCGGGCUCUGACGCAUGAAUGAGAAUGAGGCUCAGAGACUCCUCUUAAUUGACCCUCGCCUGAUCGCGGCUCUUGAUAAGUUUCAUCUACUCAACUGUGGUGUGCCCCUCGGUUGGCAUGUUCGGCUCUAGACCGUGGUGAAUCAAUGAACGAAUCCGGCUUCUGAAUCCGAUCGUAUUCCAGAAGGACGCUCGCCUGACUCGCGGCCCCAUCCGCCUGUCAUAUUCAUUCCUCAGGUUUCCCUACCUACCUUGAGAGCUGCAAACCUCUUCAACUAUCGUCGUCUUCGACGUUGCCCCUCGUUACGUUUCUUUUCGUUCCUUUCUCUCUCUCUGGGUGAAUUCGCCUUCAGUCCCUUCUUUUACGGCCAUACCGUUACAGCUGGCGCCAUCAACGGAUUCUCGUCGGCAAUGUUUCUGAAGCAGUAGCGGGGCAUCUAGAAAUAUUUGAGUAGUGAUUUGCAGCGACUUUGCGCCACUGGUAUAGAGUUGAAGGUUCGGGGUUAUUUGUAGAGUUAUCACGAUGUUGCUUCCAAGGUGGUCCAGGGUCUGGGCGCUAUUCUACCUGAUCAUCUGUCUGAAUGUGGUGAUCGCGGGCCCGUUGGGACCGAAUCGAAGACAGGAGGACGCUCCGGCAACAGCCGAGCCUUUAACAACGACGACUCGAGAAGGCAAUGAAGAACAGACGACGACCCCAACCGCUGCUUCAGAACCCACCACCGACCCGUUAGAGGAGACUACCACUACCGCCGAGGUCACGACUAGCGCAACAAGCACUCCGACCCUGACGCAGACUCCGGUUCCCUCGGCCAUCAACGGGAAUGAUCCGAGCGAUGAGAGUUUUGUCAACGACGCUCCGAUCGUGCCUGGGGAACUACCCCUACCAGCUCGACUAACUCCCGGAUGGGGUGUCGCUGGUGCAAUUCUGCUUAUCACGGGCGCCGUGUACACUCUGGUCGGGAUGAAGAAUGCAUGGUUGCAAACCUUUUUCUCCUCGGCGUGUCUCGUCGCUCUAUGCAUAACCGUCUUGAUCCUAUACGUCAUGAAUCUCCCUACGACGGAUGCCAUUCAAGGAGCAUACGUUGUAGCAGUCGUGUGCAGUGGUGCCAUCCUUGGCGGAGCUGCUACUGCUUUCAGGGAGCUCACAGAGGGUCUCGGGUGUCUUCUGGGCGGUUUCUGCCUUGCUAUGUGGCUGCUGACACUGCGCGAGGGUGGCCUAAUUCCCUCAACCGUCGGCAAGGUUGUUUUCAUUGCUGUCUUAGCGGUGGUAGGCUUUGCGCUCUACUUUUCCCAUUACACCAGGCCGUACGCUUUGAUAGGACUGAUGUCUUUCGCCGGCGCAACGGUUACCGUCUUGGGCAUUGAUUGUUACAGCAGAGCAGGGCUCAAGGAGUUCUGGGCGUACAUCUGGAAUUUAAACGACAGGCUAUUCCCCCUGGAUACCACCACAUACCCGUUGACCAAAGGUAUCAAGGUUGAAAUCGCCGUCGUCGUCGUGCUCGCCAUCAUCGGCGUAGUAUCUCAGAUAAAACUAUGGCGGGUGAUCCAGGAACACCGUGCGAAACGAGCGGAGGAACAAGCCGAGUUCCGCAGGAUGCGCGAAGAGGAGGAGGAAACCGUCGGGCGACGGGUCGAAGAAGACAACGAACGGGAGCGGAGACAAUGGGAGACCGUAUACGGAGAAGCACAGCCAUCUAGCCCUACUGUUUCCCACGACUCGGGCGUUGGGGAGAUGGAUAAUGAAAAGAGGACUCGUGUUAGCCAUGCCGCCUUCCAACCCGUAUCGCCGGCCGAGACCGUUGAUGAGAACACCAUCGAGAUGGCACAGCUGUCGGAGUCCGGAGGCAAUACAUCGUCCGAAGCAGCGAAACAGGCUUGCGAUGGUCUUGUCGUGGCAGAGAGCGACGAGGACAAACGAGUAACCAUCAGAGUCUCGCGCGAUGAACGUGAUCACCACGAUGACGACUCAUCACCCAUGCCGGAGCCCGACGAGAAGGCAUGGAUGGCCGGUGCUAGCGAGAAAACGAGAUCCACGUCCCCGAAAUCGCUUCGCAGCACUCAAAGGAUUUCGAACAUGCCGGCUCCCGAGGUGAUACCGUUACCUUUUAAAGUGCCCGAGUCGCAUGAAGCGAAGAAUGUCGACGACGAUGAUCGAUCGUCAUUCGCAACAUUUGCGGACGAAGAUGAGCGAUCCAUUACGAUGAACAAGCGAGCCUCGAGAGCCUCACUAUCGAAGAGAUUCUCGGCGGGAUCAGCUAACCUACUAGAAAGCUUGUCUCGGCGUUCUAAACAAUCACUGAGGUCUAAGCAGAAGACGGGAGAGGUUGAAUUGCCCCAGCCGUCGUCAAGAUGGGCGGAAAGCGGCGAGGAACUCAUGCCCGCAGAGAGGAAUGCCUUCGCGGACAUUGGAUCUGUCGCUGCUACCAUCGACGGCUUGAGUGACGAUGGGGAAGACAGGGCAGAGCCGAGCCAAGGCGAAGAAUCGGGGCGGGCAAUGGAAAUCAAGGCAGAAUUGGCGGGUGAGCCAUCAAAAUCGCAGCCCUCUUCCGAUAAUAAGACAGCAGCUCAAUCAGAGCUGGUCGACACCCAGGAUGAGGACGACAAUCGCCCUUUCUCUCUGGUGGAAACCGUCGCAACAGAUAUUCUAAAUACAUCGCUCCCGGAUGAGGCACUUGAACAGAAGCCAGAGCAGAACGGCACGUCGAAUGUAACAGAGAAUAUAGAAGGGACAGAUGGCGCGAGCCCGAUAAGUGCCGCGGAGGCGAAGUCCCCUUCGGAGACAUCAAAGCCCCCCAAGUCGACGUCUCCGUCAGUUGCUUCCUCAGCAAGCCUGACGAAGGAGCGUCUACCGUCUAGCCUGUCCCGCGUAGCGCUGUCUUACCGGACGAACGAGUGGGCCAAACAUCUGAGCCUAGCCGAGAAGCCCGAGCUAGAGACACUGCAGUUGAACGAAUACCCGGAACACGACGAGGCUUCGGGGGAACGGGAGGAGGAACUCCCAGUCCCCGUUAACGUCGAUGAACUCAGGCAGACACCCGAGAGCGGCAUCCCAGCGGCGCCUAUAUCCAGAACCCCCUCUACAAUUUCGAACGCUCAUUCGAACGCCCAGGGCUACCGUUCCUCGCCAAGGACCUCAUUGGGGUCGGCACCGUUCAUGUCUCCCGCAGGUGCGGCCCUAGACACCAGCGAUCGGCUAGGCAACAUGAAGGGCCCGGCCGCGCACGGUCACGGGACGCGCGCGAAGGGCCGCCGGCAGUCCGGCGACGUCGCUAUCCAGCCGAUCCUGGAGGAGAGGAGCGAGCAGCUCAGCGUGCGCAGCGAGCCCACCCCCGAAGAAGGCGAGGCAACGGUCUCGGCGCGGCCCCUGUCGGGCCCGAGCCGUCACGCGAUCCCCGGCGUCGUGUCGUACUCGAGCCCGCAGACGCUCAUCGGCAAGCGCGAGAUGUUCCUGCGCCACAAGACGCUGGCGCUCUCGUCGUCAGCGGGCCCCGAGGCCAGCCCCCAGCACCACCAGGCGGAGGCGGCGGCGCUCGCGGGCCCGGACGCCGACGACCUGCCCCUCAGCCAGCGGCGCGAGCUCAUGCGCAACAGCAGCUUCUUGUCUGCCACCUCGGCGACGGGCGGCGGCGCGAACACGCGGCCGAGCAGCGCGCUGCGCAUGGCGUACUCGCCGGGCGCGAGCCCGACGGCGGCGGAGGGCAGCAUGUCGUUCGACUCGCACCCGCCACAGUGGCGGGCGUCGGCGGCGUCGACGGGGCCGAGCGCGGCGCAGCGCGAGGCGCAGCUCUCGAGCUUCCGGCAGUCGGUGGCGGCGGAGCUGCGGACGGGAGCGGGGCGCGAGACGCCGCAGCGGACGGCGUCGGCGUCGUCGGCGGCGAUGGCCGAGGCCUCCUACGGCCUGAUGGAGCACCAGCGAACAGCGCUGCUCUCGCAACGGGACCAGGAGGCGCUGCGCCGCGAGAUCGAGCGCCGCGACAAGGAGCGCAGCGAGCGCGCGUUCGAGGAGAGGAUGCGCCGCGGCGACCUGAUCGACGCGCACCGCGAGGCGAUGCGCCGGAUGCAGAGUAACGUCAGAGACCAGUGAGACUGGUGCGGACACGCGCGCACGUGGGAUAUGGUAACGGAUACAUAUACAUGGGUAGUCUGUUUCGCCGUUGCUCUUUUUUUCGUCGUUUUCAGCUCGGGGUUGGUCGGGGCAGGUCGGAUCUGCGAAUUGAUACCCCUUUCUUUCCUUUCACUCGGGCUUGCGGCCCCUAUUCUCGCUCACACUCCCUCGCCCUCCGGCGCACUGCCAACGGGACAACCGCCAACCGCAGCCACAGCUACGCAAUUCCGCCAACAUACCCACGGUGUUGGUGCUGUCACGGUUGGCGCUGAUACCCUGUGUGGCUUACUCCUACGCCAGCAGGCGCAGACAUCCGGACCAUUUCGCGGUCCUUACAACCGGCCGGCAAACCGGCCUGGCCUCUCGAGUAUUGUCUAAUUCAUAAUGACUAGCACCGACUAAGGGUGGACGGGCGAAAAGAGGCAAAAUCAAGCGAGGAGGGGGGGGGGGGGGGGCAUAUGAAA